UCUAUAUCUACAUACUACGCAGACGUCAUCUGGCACGGUGCUCGGAUCAACUCUCUCCCCUCCUGUUCGGUCGAACUGACUGUUGUUGUGUUGCCGGUUUUGAGAUGUGCGGCGCAUUUCACGCAACAUUAACCGGGAGGAUUGUCAAAUAAUUGCGAGGCUCCUUUACUGUUGCGCAUUCCUCUCUCCGUGUGCGUGUGUGUGAUUUUAACGUGCACGUCUCUUCUUCGGGGGAGUGGAGGGUUGGAAGCUGUCGCGGAUACCUUCUUGCAAACUUCGCGUCUCGCCUCGUCUCCCCAGCUCUCAGCCGGGUGCUGAUCUUCGUAGGAGGCGCCUGGGUUUUGUUGAGUUGCCCGGCGGCGGCGCACAUGCACGGGCGUCCCCGCCGCUGCUGGCCGUGCAAUGCCGCUUUUCACAUGGCAGAAGAACAAGGAGGAUAAAGCAGAAGCUUAAAAAAAAGGGGGAGAAAAGAGUAGGGGAUUUUUUUUCUCUCUCUCUUCUUCCAGCCACAGCGUUAAACAUUAAGGACAAUUGACUGAUUGAGACCAGACGCAGGCUACAGGUAUGAAUAUUCUCCGGAGGUCUCCGUGCGCAUGAGUUGGGCUUCUUAUCAAGAGCAUUGUCACUGAUGAGCGGGAUUACUUAUGGAGAUGUGCAUUUUUAUUUAUUUAUUUCCCCCUCCACCCUCUCAUCGUGCUCCAGAAUAUUUCGAAUGACAAUGGGCAUCUGGCUUAGUAUCACCAGUAUCAUGUAGGGGGUUUGGACAAAAGGAGAGGAAAACCAGCAGUCAGAAAUACCACGCGCCCCGCCGGUAUGGGACUGUGACCCGGGUUGCGAGCUCCGAGAGAGGCGGCUGUUCUCUUGAGCGCAGACUGGACCCGAGCGGUUGUGACAUUUCCGAGCCAUGGCCGCUGCGAUCGCGAGCGGGCUGAUCAGACAGAAGAGGCAAGCGCGGGAGCAGCACUUGGACCGACCCUCCACAAACCGACGGAGGAAGAGCCCCAACAAGAACAAGGGGCUCUGCAAUGGGAACCUGGUCGACAUCUUCUCAAAAGUGCGCAUCUUCGGGCUCAGGAAGCGAAGGCUACGGAGACAAGAUCCCCAGCUCAAGGGUAUAGUGACCAGGUUAUAUUGCAGGCAGGGAUACUACUUGCAAAUGAACCCAGAUGGCUCUCUUGAUGGGACCAAGGAUGACAGCAGUAAUUCCACAUUGUUUAACCUUAUUCCUGUGGGCCUCCGAGUUGUCGCCAUUCAGUCAGUGAAGACAGGGUUAUACAUCGCCAUGAACGGGGAGGGCCAUCUCUACACAUCAGAACUAUUUACAGCGGAAUGCAAGUUCAAAGAGUCAGUGUUCGAGAACUACUACGUGAUCUACUCGUCCAUGCUGUACAGACAGCAGGAGUCAGGGAGAGCAUGGUUCCUGGGGCUCAACAAGGAGGGCCAAGCCAUGAAGGGGAACCGAGUGAAAAAAACAAAACCAGCUGCUCACUUCCUGCCCAAGCCAUUAGAAGUCGCCAUGUACAGAGAGCCAUCUCUGCACGAUGUCGGAGAGACGGUGCCCAAAGCGGCCGUGCCUCCCAGUAAAAGCACAAGCGAGCCAGUGGUGAUGAAUGGAGGCAAACCUGUCAGCAAGCCCGACAAGCCAGCCACAUAGCCACACCUGACCAGUGCCUGGUGGGAGUGCAUGUGCGGGAGAGGAGGAAUGUAACGGAGGCAAGAUCUUUUUGUGUUUCUCCAGCUAGUCUCCAAGCCCCCCACCCCUUUUUUUCUGUUUUCCUGCGGAUAACAUCCAGCCGAGACUCCCUUUGCUUAUUCUCUUGCUCCUCCCCCUACUUCCUUUCUCUGGCUCUGUCAGCACAGACUGACUCUGCGAUGGCUCGGUCUAUCCAGCACAGGAGGGAAGAAGACCUCUGAUCCUGUAAUGCCUUUAGAUCCCUUUGAAAUUACGAGAAUUGAACUGAAUGACACGCGGUUCACACUGACGCUUGAUGCUGGCUUUGUAGGAAGAACCUCCUUCUCUAUAAUGCCCUGUCACAGCAGCGGCUGUGUACCUUCAGAUCUAUUUUCUAUAUCACAGUUCACCAGCUAUGUUCUGGGAUAGAGACUGUAUAGACAGAGUAAAUAUUUGGACUGUUGUCCUAUAUUUUUUACAAGUAUGUUCCCCUUUCCUUCUCUUUCUAAUGCUGGUCAACAUACAGUUAGUUUUUGUCAAAGGGAAACUAGGAAACUUUUUGCAAGAGGAGUUGUAUGAUUUUUUUCUAAGAAACACAGCAAACUUUAAAGCAUACCAGUACACACUUGAAAGAGCCCAAAUAAACAUUCUUUUGUUUGUUUUGUCUUCGACAUGCGUACACCUAGAAAAGCAGUCGAAGAAAGUUUGUGCAGCUUCUCAGCGGCUCAUAAAAACACAUCGGAGGCUGGCAGACGGCUCCCGUAAUCAUAGCUGAUGAAGUGCUAAUUACCGCCGCUGCAAUCAAUGCGAGGAGCUCCCUGUGCAUGCACAAACACGCACGCUCACACAAAAACACAAAUAUUUCUAAACAGAUGUGCGUGUGGGUGGGUAGGAGAGCGCUGCAAGGGAUGGUGUAUACAUAUCGCUAUCUGUGUCCCACCAGCGGCUCAGUCCGCCUCCUCUGGUGAUCGAAGAAAAAGGGAAAGGGAAAAAAGAAAAAAAAACCUGAAGUCUAUUUUUCUUUAAUCUUAUUUCAGAGCGUGGGCUCUAGGAAAUAUCUCUAGGCCUUGUAGGCCUCAGUUCCUCACUCACCGACUUCUUUGGACAUAGAAGCAAGGCUUGGUGGCUUCGACCCAGAUGGUCUAUAACUGCAGCAAAUGGCAGCUGUGUCAUGGCGGCAUCUACUUAAAGCAAAGAAAACAACAUGGCUGAAAACCAAUAGGUCUUAUUUAUACGUGCUGCAUCCCUAUUUGGUUCAGCAAUCUAAAGCAUGGACAAGGUCACUAUUGUUCCCACUUUGCAGCAGUUAUACUACAGAUGGCUUUUAGUGUGUCUGUGUGUCUGUAUAAAACUUAGGGAAAAUGACUUUUAAAAAUCGUAACUUUUUAAAUGACUAGAUAAUAUAUUAUUAUUAUUAUUAUUAUUAUUAUUAUUAUUAUUAUUAUUAUUAUUAUUAUAAAAAGGAUUUGUCUCCUAGCUCAGCAUGCAGAGUCCAGUAUUGAUCAUCUUGGCCUAUCACGUGCCUGUUUGGACCUUGAUUCCCGGCAUGCAAAAACAAGAUCCCAGUCCCCACUGGGCCAACGGUGCCUCACUCACCCGAUAGAUCGAUGUGUAGGGCGCGUAGCAUCAUCCAUUGAAAAACCCACACUGAGAUGUGUUCAUUCUGAAACAACCAAAGUCCUUUUUUUUCAUCCCAAGAAGAACUUAAUCUUAAUAAAUACAAAAAAAAAAAAAAGGAAAGAAAAAAAAUUCAAAUCUGACUCGCUCUCAGAUUUAAUCCAUCGAAGCUUUCACUGUGACAGCAUUUGUUAUUCGUUUGGAAGAAUCAACUCCUCUUGACCCGCAGCGGUCUUGGCUGAUGUCACUUUUUUGCGAGGGAAGUACGUAUAACCUAAAUUACUCAUGUGCAUGUGUUUUCUACCGGAAGCAAGGUAUGGGGUCAUUGUUCUCCGCUCCGUACGAGCAGGCGGCGCGCCAAGAGGGCCUUGGAUGGGCAUGUUGCAGGCAUCGGCACGCUCAUGACUAAUGUGAAGGUGAUCCACUGCACUUUGUUUUGCAUUUUCGUCACGACUGUUGGUGGGUUUAUUCAUUAUCGUUAUCUUGCGUUAAUCAUUUUUCUUUUGUUAGAUACGAUUUUAUGAUAGGAAGUAGAUUGUUGUUGCUGCUGUGUUCUGCUAAAAGUGUAACCAUAUUACAAAAGUUGUCAUGGUAAACAUAUUUUUCAGUUUGUAUUUUAGUUAUACAUGUUCAGUUUGUGAUUACUACUCUAGCUCAUCAAGUGUCAUUGACACAUACCCAUGUAUUUGUAAAAAAAAAAAAAAAGAAAGAAACGACAAAAAAAGCAGUUCAUGCGACGACAAAAUCGGUGCGCUGACACACACCUCCACACACAGAGGCUGCCAAUCGCUGAAGUUGUAUGCAGGGCGGAUGUUUUUGCCCUCAUUACAGCCCAUCAUCCUCGACUUCUACAAACUCUACAUGCUGGGCUGGUUACAUGCUCUGGCCACGCAGUCCAGAUCACUGGUUCUUUCAAGGCUGAAAUUAUUUUUGUAAAGGACUGGUGUGUAAAUGUACAUCUGUUAAAAUCUCUGGUGUUUUUUGUUUGUUUCUCAUCUCUCUCGUGUACGGAUUGUGUGUGUUGCUACUUCCAGAUCCCAAAUGGUUUUGCUUCGUUUUCCUUGUAAUCAUGUUGUUUUUUUUAUUUUUUGUUUCUUUUUUUUGUUGUUUUUUUUGUUUGUUUGAGGAAUAUUCUCGAAAAGUCAAUUUGCAAUUGCAAUCAGAAAUAUUCAACCCCUAAAAGAAACUGGACCCACGUGAUUGGAAGAUAAUAUUAUCAUGAAUAAAUAUUUAUUGGAACAUUUUUGAGUUGUGUUGACAGUAGAAGUCAUUAGCUGACCCGUUGUCACAUCAGGUACAUAGCACUGGCCCAUUGGGCUUCCUACCACAGAAAGGCAGGUCUGCAGCUGUCCCAUAUGUUUUAAACCUUUUUAUAGUGCUCCCAAUGAUGUCUCUCAAAAUGUUUCUUUAAAAAAAUAUAUAUUUUGUACCCAAGACCCCUCAGGUGUGAUGAAACAAUCGCCCUUCUCUACUUUUAUGAAAGCUUCUUCGUCUCCUUUGCAAUCAUGUCCCAACUUACCUUCAUGGGCGGUGUGAACGAAUGCAUUGUUGCCAAAGCUAAUGGGGAAUUAUAAUAAAGCUCUUAAUUAUGGUAAACGGGCUUGAUGAUGUUUCUACUUUAUUAAGCAGUCGGAGCUUCUACAACCCAAACAGCACUUCCUCAGGCGUUGCAUAAAGGUGAGAGUUGCCUUCAGAGCGUCAAAAAAAGAAAAAGUGUAAUUCUUCUCUCAAACAAAACUCAAUUCUAAUUUCUAAAAUCUUCAUGAGGUUGAAUAAAUCUCACUGCAACUGUGACUUUUUCUUGAUUUUGUAACCUUUUGUUUUGUAUAACGUUCCAUCUGUUGCAUGGGGAGAGGAUGGCAUUGAUGAACUGCAUGUAGUAGGCUAUGUCUAUCAAGAACUGUUGGUAUGUGCCGCAGAUUUUACAUAAUAUAUGCAAUGAGUUUGUCUACACUAUACAGUUUGUGUUUGUUGUAUACACGUAUACAACAUGCUGAAUAAAAUAUUUAUAUAAAUGCCUACUGUAAUGUCGGUAACUUAAUACCUAAUGCAAUAUAGUGUGCAGUAUAUUAUUGCACUUGUCAUUUUUGAGAGUACAAAGAAAACAGAAAGGGUUGGCUAGUUUAAGCAUGAAAAAAAAAAGGCCAAAGUAGAAAUAAAACCUUUUCUUCAUGACCUCUUAUUGGUCGUCUUUUCAAGUGCUGACUGAGCUCUUUUUUGUCGAUGCAGCUCCCAUCCCCUUCCACCAUGUUUUGAAGUGACAUGAGCCAUCAAGCAUGCCACGACUGAAAUAUUUAUGCCCUCCACUUUGUUUCCUCCACCUUAACCUUCUCAUUGCGAGGAUAGUGUAGAUUUACAUGAUGGGCAGUUUGUUUUGGGUUGAUUUCCUGGGAUGGAGUGGAACAUACACUAU